UCCUUAAGAGUUUGCUGUUCCCUGUUACUUCAAAAGCAAUAAAUUCUCAACACCUUCAUUUCCACAUAAAACUGAGAAGUAAAACACCAAUUCUCUAUACCUACCUAUUCAGACAAACAUUCUUAUUCAAGACAUCAAACAUCGAUAACCAUGUACGAUAAGAAGAAGGAACGAGGAAGAAGUGCUAAAUGUUUCGUAUGCGUUCUCGCUUCCUUCGUCAUCUUAUGUGCACUUCUACUGCUUUUGGCGUCUAUAAUGCGUGUGAGGGAGCCACGUGCCAAAAUAAGAUCAGCUACGUCCAACAAAAUCACUCACAACGCUUCACCAUCAUCAUCACCUUCCUUCAACGCCACCCUCAUCAUCUUUAUGACCAUCCAAAACCCUAAUUUCGGUGUCUUCACUUACGACAAUAGCAGCAUGAGUGUGCUCUAUGCGGGUGCGAAGAUUGGUGAUACACCCAUCAACGGUGACAAAGUGAGUUUCAGAAAAACCAAACAAAUCAAUGUUACCGUUGAUUUGAGGUCCGCUCAGGUACCCGUCACCGGAAAUUUUUCCGGUGACAUGAAUUCAGGGACGUUGAAUCUCACCAGCUACGCCAAAUUUAGUGGCACGGUUCGUUUUCUGAAGAUUAUGAACGUCAAAAAGAGCAUCGAAAUGGCUUGUGCUAUGAAGCUCAACUUCACCUCCCACCUACUUCAGGAUAUUCAAUGCUAAUAGUAACUUUUUUUUCCUGGUUUGUGACAGUUUUCAUUUUUUUCUUUGCCUUCGUUUUCAUUUCGUUGUCUUAAUUAAGUGCAUUUAAUCUCUUGUUUUUAAUUAUCUUAUUUGCAAUGUU